AAUGGCUAUCGUCCCAUUUAGUGAAUAAUGGUGGUCCACAGGAAAUGUCCCCUCAAAGGAAGGUCCCUGCAGUGGAUACGCAUCUCGAGGACACCUUCAAAGCGACGCUGGACGAGCAUAUAAAUAUUGGUUUGGUGGCCCUCAUUCUAUAUCCCUUCCCCAUUGCACUUACUGCCACUGCAAACUCGCACACCCCCUCUUAACAUUUCAAUCAACUACCUGCUGGCCCAGAUGAUCCAAUCCACACCCCAUCCCUCCUCACCGCAUGGUUCCGAUUCUUCCAAUGCAACACAAUACAUGCCAAACACUGGCAUGUAUAUGGGUCAAUUUCCCUGGCCCCAGCCCGCAUGCAUCCCUUAUCCAGGCCAUGCACCCGCACACCCCUACUACCCAUACAGUGUACCACUCAACGGGACGCAUGGUGCCCCUCCCUCAUACGCACCCGUCGCACAUUCGCCUGGUGUGGGUGCUGGAGUUGCGCAUCACGUGUUCCAAACGGGACAAAAUGGCUAUUGCCCUUGUGCAGUAACCAAUGUCUCGCUUGUCACUUAUGUUGGUCCAUACCUACCGCCAACUGCGGCUGCUCUCCCCCCACAAGGCCCACCUGCGCCCCCCCUGUACCAUCAACCCUUCCUAUCUUUUCCAGCAGCCGCGAAUCCUUGCGCUUCACCCAUACCGCACCAAAGAUACCUCCACCAACAUAACGGGACUGGGCUCGUAACGGACUCUGCUUCUCAAGCACCAAGUGUUUCGCUCAUUCAAAGGCACAUGGCGGAAUAUCUUCAUCACCGCUACAUCAAACAAACCAAAAUAGGCUCCGGCGGAAUCAAGAACGACCCGUUAUUUAAACCCGUGUUGAAUCGACUUGGUGAACCCAAUGGGUCAUAUGUGUGUUCUAAGGACGGCAUGUUACUCAGGAGUCCUGCAAGCUAUUUUAAGCACAUCAGGACACAAAGGCAUCUAGGCUUCAAACUACAGAAAUUCAAAUGCCCUGGUUGUUCCAAAGCGUAUACGACAAGUGAUUCCUACAAGAAGCACCUCGAGAAUGGCAAUUGUGAACAGUCGACAGAUGUGGGCGCUCUGCCGUUAUACCCAACUGCCGAAGAAGAAAAAGAUGACGACGAAGGCCCUGAAUAUUAGGAGAGCCUCUGUUACCAACUAUCUUCUUUGUUUUAUGUAUGCAUCUGCUGACACUCAUUCACGUAUUUUCUUUCCA